GAGCCUCGAGAGCAGGGACUACAAUACCCAGGGUGCUCCGCGCCCUCGCCGCCGCCGCCGCCGCCAAGACCAAGAUGGCCGGGAGAAUCGCCACCUUCAUCAGAGAUGCCUGGGCCAAGGAGCCGGUGCUGGUCGCGUCCUGCGCCUUCGGGAGCCUCUCUUUGCUUCUGCCCUUCAUCAGCCCCUACACCAAGUACGCCAUCAUGAUCAACGAGGUCACACCCUACAACUACCCAGUGCCCGUCCGAGACGAUGGGAACAUGCCCGACGUGCCCAGCCACCCCCAGGACCCCCAGGGCCGAAGCCUGGAGUGGCUGAAGAAACUGUGACCCCCCGCUGACAGGGAGGAGGUCCCCUCCCCUGUGGCCCCAAUAAAAUGUGAAAACCGG